AUGUAUCUUAAAGAUUUAUUAUCUAGUCUUUUUUAUCAAUUUUUUUUAUGCAAAAAAUAAAUAUUGCAAGAAGAUAACCGUGUUCCAAAUCCAACGAAUGUAACAAUUUUAAAUUAUUUUCUGUAACAAUAAGUCUAAUAUCUUUAUCUUAUAUCAAUUUUCUUCAAUGAUAUUUGUUCCAUAUUUUAUGUUCAAUUAAAACAAUACGUACUGAUUUUUACUCGAAGCGAUAAAAAAAAACAUAACCUACAAACUACAAGCAGCCAUUUUCUCUGAAUAUCGCAUAAAAGCAUGCCAUGCAUUCUUAUUGCAUAAGUUAGAAAAAUAUUGAUUGCAGUCUUGAGUCACGAGGAGGUGAAUGAUGGACGCGUUAUAAUAUUCUUCCAUACUAUAUUUUCCCAUCUAUUAUCUACGAUGUGCAUCGUUGGGUACCAUAAUGUGAAUAUUAUAUCAGUUAUCGCAUAAUCUCACGAGUCGGUAAUAACAAUUAAGCGAACAUUAUUGCGACCUAUUUUCCCUAAAGCACGUCUAAAUGAUCACGUCGAUAUUAUCUAUUUGUCGUGACAUCUGGUGCAAAAUAAAUGAAUUAAUAUGCCCGAUCGUUUUGUCAAAUGAAAUAGAAAUUCGAAACAACAGUAACAAUAAAAAAAUAUUUAUACUAUUGCCUUCGAACUUUAAAGUACGAUUCGAUAAUCGAGGAGCUUUUUCUUGGCAUAAGAAAACAAUGAAUUCCAAAGACAUAUUAAAUAUUAAAUUAGAAGCAAUAGCUGUGUCGAAAUUAAAUAGGGAUAAGUUUAUAUCUUAGAAGAGAGGUUACUUCAUGAAUAUAUACAAAAUAAAUGACCUGAUUACGACUGAUCAUGAUUACUUCAUUUUUAUUUUUAGAAAUUUCGCUAUCGAAAUUAUCGUUUCAAUUCACGAAGAAUGUUUUGAUGAAAAACACAAGAGCAAGAGAAUUUUUCAAUAACUUUCAGAGGUGAGAAAUCUUUGUUUUUUUUUUUUUUCAAAUUCACUUCUUAUUAUAGAUUUCUUGGGGAAAAAGUGUCAAUCAGUACACAUAUAUCUUAGCAAGUCGUGAAAUUUAUAAACGCUAGGAAUAUCGUUAAAAAAGGGAAUUCUACCUGUUUUAAAAAAGGUUCCAGGAAAUCUUGCUUCAGUUCUAUAGUUGCGCAUGGGAAAUACCACUUGACUGUGACUGAGUGAGAUCGGUUCGAUAUCCAAUGGGUUAAGGUUAAUAGACAACACAUACACGUACGCUGGGAUGGAGAAUCAAGAAAUCAAGGAUUGGUGGGGGUCAUUCUCAUAAAUGCUUGAAGCUCCGCUGCUGUAUAUAUAAUUGUAAACGAAGUCGCAGGCCCGACGUUCAACGCAUUGCAAUCGUUACUCUUUCAAGAGAAAACUCAUCGGUUCAGAUCAAAGAUCAAUCUACAGUAAGUGUUCUAUUGUUGUUUCACACUGAUGAAUGAUGCGUGACUGAAUGAUGCAUUGAAGUGAUAGUAAUACAUAGCAUAAAUGUUUAAGCUGUUUGACAUGAAUAUGAAUUUUAGGAUUGUUUUUUUAAAGAAAUCAAUUAUAAAUAAAUCAAUUGUAAAAAAAAGUCUUGCAGAAGUGAAGUUUCUAGUGAUGUUUCAGUUGUAAUUUGUGUUAGACUGUUUAUAAGAGUAGAAAACAUGUUUCUGAAAGUCCUUGAUAGACUAACAUCUUUUUUCUUGACGUGUAAUGAAUGUCUAUUGCGAUUCAAAAUCAUUUUUUAUGAUUAAUUUUAUUACUGAUAUCCAAUUGAUGUUCAAUUAAUACUUAUAUCGUUUAACAAAUCAGAUGUAAAAGAAUAAGAGAAUAUUUAACGUGUUGAUAUACCAUAAUUAUACUAACCAGACCCUGAAAAAGAUCAAUGUCAAGAAUAGCACACACAGGGAUGAAUGCUUAUAUAAUGUGUUUCAUAGAAUUUUAGAUAGCCUCUGAUAUUAUCAUUAUGAUUGUUUUUUUUCUUUUUUCAAUUUGCUUUGAUAAUCUUUUAUUAUAUUUUCUCUGAACGAUUGCGACACACCUUGGGAAUUCCAAGUUGGAAAAUGUUUGCUUAUUUAUCAUUCAUGAACGUCGCGCAAUUAUUGGUAUAAUUAGUAAUCUUGGUUAGCCACCCAUGACGAAGAUCAGAGAUUUAUUGUUGAUUUACGCUUCAAGUGUAAUAUUUAUUUAUUAUAUUUUUCAGGGAAUCUCGAAACAUUUGCUUCUGUUUUAACAGUCAUGGUUACAUCAUGAAAUCAACGAAUUGUUUAUUUUUCGAGCUUCGACAAUCUCUUGAAAUAUUCAUUCAAUAUCAAAUAUAAAUAUACAUUUUAUCAAGGUAAAUGGCAAUUAUGUUUAUCAAUGUAGUUGAUCAUCUUUCUCGUCGAUUGAUUCAAGUAAGACAAAGACUCAUUCUGUUUACAAUAACGUUAACUAUGAACGAUUACCGUAGCUACAUAUCUUGAAAAUAUUUAGACGAAAUUAGUAUGAAAGAAACAAGCAAUGGAUCAUGUUAGUGAAUCAAACGCCUCCAGCUCACUUACCUGUAAAUUUUUAGAAGAACGAAACGUUUCUCGUAUUCUGUUUACUGAACGAAGGGAGGGAGUGGUGGACACUCACUGCUCCUCGUUGUACCGGUUCCAUCUUCGGAAACAUGAAGUCAUACUUAUUUAUAUGCAAAAAAAGAAAAGGAAAAACAAGACUAGUAUAGUCGGCAUAAUAAUUUCUUACGAUAUCUUCGUAGAGAGAGAGAGAGAGAGAGAGAGAGAGAGAAUUGCAGCGUCCAUCGAUUUUAUCUUUUUGCAAUCAUUCAUCUUCUUUCUUUGACUAGAUUAGCCAGUUUUGUUUAUAAACGUUCCAUUGUCUUAAGGACAAGUUUAAUCGAUGAUAAAUCUACAUUGAAAUUUAUUUGUUCUGAAUCAACGAUAUUUUUUUUUUUGCAUUUUCGUUUAAUAGUUGAAUUAUCUAAAUCUCUUUUUACCUUAACCGAUUGAGCUUGAACCGAUCACAAUUUCUAAAUCAUAUAGCUAGAUUUUUAACUGAGCUUCAUCAAGGCUUCCUACUUGUUAAAUCUAAUGUAUUAAACGUUCUAUCAAAAUUCGAGUAUAUUCUUCUGUAUAAAGUACAUUUUUAAACGUAUUUCUUUACACUCGUGCAAAUUUUAGAUUGACAGUUAUUAAAGAACCAAAAUUGUUUCUCAGAAUUUUUCAUUCCAAAGAUAUUUGUUGAUCAAUGAAAGUACUUAAGACCUCAGGACUGAACAAAUAAUGCCCGAGGUCUCCAUUUCGAAACCUAAAAAAACAUCUGGCUAACACCAUUUGACCGAUGGUUUCCAUUCAUACAAGAGUUCUCGCAGCUCGACCUCUUGAGAUUAAUGUAAAGAUUCUAACUUAACGAAUGAAUUUGUUUCAGGACUUCCAACAUGGCAACGUGGUGCUUACUAUUGGCAUUCACGGUGAUUAACUUCCCUUGGGUCGCACCAGCUCCCCAAUCUGACGGUGGAUUGGGUGCUUUGAUAACGAGCGCGUUUGAAACAAGUUCGCAAACUUCGUCCCCCGUUGACGGCACUGCCUUAAACGAUUUAAUUUCGGAAGUAUUUACUAAACAACAAACCACCACUACACCGAAUACUAUUUUGGGAACGAAUAACACCCCGAAACAACCACUAGAAAACUGCGAAUGCGUGCCGUAUUAUCAAUGUCGAAACGGUACCAUUUCGCAAAAUGGAGAGACACUGAUCGAUAUCAGAGCUUUUUCGAGUCCGUGUGAGAAUUACCUGGACGUCUGCUGCAAGCUACCGGACAAGAUUAAUCCUGGAGAAAUAAUUACACCUUCACCAAUCGAGAGAAAAGGCUGUGGACAAAGGCACCCGAAUGGUGUUGGCUUCAGAAUUACUGGCAACAAUAACAAUGAAGCAGAAUUCGGCGAAUUCCCGUGGAUGGUGGCUAUAUUGAAAGAAGAAGUAAUCGGCGAAAACAAUCAGAAAUUGAACGUUUAUCAGUGCGGUGGUUCCUUGAUUCACAAGCAGGCUGUUUUAACUGCUGCUCAUUGCGUACAAGGAAAGCAACCAUCCGAAUUCAGAAUUCGUGCUGGAGAAUGGGACACGCAAACUAAUAAUGAGAUUUAUCCUCAUCAAGAUCGCACCGUGCAGAAAGUAAUUAUUCAUGAAGAUUAUUAUGCCGGCGCUCUUUAUAACGACUUCGCCAUUUUAAUCUUGUCCGAGCCGGUGAAUUUGAUAGACAACGUUGAUCUUGUUUGCCUGCCGGAACAAAACGAUAUAUUUGAUAACAGUCGAUGUUUUGCUAGUGGCUGGGGAAAGGAUAUCUUUGGUAAGGAAGGACACUACCAGGUAAUCUUGAAGAAGGUAGAAUUGCCAAUAGUCCCACGUAAUAUAUGUCAAGAACAGCUUCGAAAGACUAGAUUAGGAAAAUAUUUCAUUCUCCACGAAAGUUUUAUAUGCGCUGGUGGAGAGGCUGGCAAAGAUACUUGCAAGGGCGAUGGAGGAAGUCCUCUUGUGUGCCCACUUAAAAAUAAUCCCGGCACGUACUUGCAAGCAGGUAUCGUAGCGUGGGGAAUCGGUUGCGCGGAAAGUGGUAAUCCAGGUGUUUAUGCUAAUGUUGCCUUAGCACGUGAUUGGAUCGACGAACAAAUGGCUUUUAAUAAUUUGGACAAUACCGUUUACAAACCCCUAUCACGGAAUUGAUUUUAGCAAAUCGUUUCAUAAGUUUGUACGUGUAAAAAUCGAUGGCGUUUUUCCAUGGAAAGACUGUAUUCAUCAUAUAUUAUUUUUGCAAUAAUAACGUACAUAAGAUCCAUUAUUGGGUUUUUUCUUUUUUUUUUUCAUAAAAAAUAUUCCUUUGAUGUCUGAUAAGUUGUUUUUCUUUUUUUUAAAUAUUUUUCAAUAGAUCUGUCACUGGUCUUUUGCUAACUUCUUCCCUUUCCUUUGUGCUUUAAAAUUAUACACGAUAUGUGUAAUGUAAAUACAGAUGCGGCGGACAAAAAUCUAUUGCUGAAAAGUCAAAGUCAGUUGAAAUUAACUUUUUAUGUUAAAUAAAUGCUGGUCAUAAAAUUAUAUUUCGUCGCAGACGUCUGUGGAACACACUUCGCACAUGUUUCGCAAAUGAGUUUUUUAUGGCACUCCACAACAUUCCAUUGAUUCUUUCCAGACGCGCUAUUGAAACGGUUCAAUGCAUUGUGUUUCAAAUCCCUAACUCUUAUUUUAAAGAGGUGUCUCUGCUUUUCAAAAAAAGUAGGAAAAAUAUCUCUUGUUGAGAUUGGUCACACGUGUUAUACACGUCUGCGUUUGCUUUUUUAGUGGAAUGCAACUUUCUAAUCGGUGACAUAAUGUUUUGUUUACGCGAUUUUGUUAGGAUUUUAUUUAAAAAAACUUUAUGUAUAGAUAUAUAUAUAUAUAUAUA